CUCGGUUUCCGUACGUGACUAGACGUUGUUAACGUUACUAACCAGAAGCAGUUCAGUAGGUUGGUCGACACACAUUUUGCCAUCUCUCCGAGUGUUUCUGCCUUUGGAGUCAACAUCCACACUGUGUUUAGCUAGUUCCGAAGUUGACAGCAGCGUCAUGGCGUCUGGAGGCCCCGUGAUGAACGGCGACGUCUCAUGCUCUCAGGGUCAGUCGGGUACGCUGGAGGAAACCCUGCAGCAGAUGAACAUCCUCAUCCAGGAGAACCGAGACCUGAAAGAGGCCCUGCGUCAGACCAACCUGACGAUGAAGGAGCGUUUCGAGGGUCUGUCUGCGUGGCGGGAGAAGCAGCGGGAGGAGCGGGGCUUCCUGGAGAGCAGGCUGGAGGAGGCUCGGGGCCGCAUGGAGGAGCUGACCCUGGAACUGAACAAGAGGACGGCGGAGGAGGGGAGGACAGGGGGAGGCUUGCUGGCGGUGUCAUCCAAUCAGAGUGCAGAGCUGAUUGCCCUGCGUGCCCAGGUUGCUCGCCUGCAGGCAGAGAAGAACGACCUGGUGGCCAUGAACUCUGAGCUGCAGCUGAGAGCCGACAACUCACAAGACGACUCCUUCAUUGAGAUCAUCAGAGUCUCGGAUGGAGGUGUAGACGGCACGAACGAUGCGUGUGGUUCGGAACACGGCAGACGUCAGGAACUGAGCAUGACGGCAUCCCAGCAGGACAGCAAGGAGAUGACUAUCAGCCAGCUCCUCCAGUCACUGAGGAACGAGACGCAGCGCGCCGAGCGGCUGCAGGCCGAGCUGCAGGCUUCUUCUGCCAGAAUUAGAGAGCUGGAAGAGAGGAAGUCUAAUGUGGAGGAAUCAACACAGACCCAAGCAGAGACCAAGGAGGAUUCUGGGAAAGAGGAAAAGGCAGCAUCUGAGGUGGAGAAUCUGAAGUGUCAGAUGAGAACGCUGUUUAAAGAACUGCAGCAGGCCCAGAGCAAGCUGGAUGAAGCAGAAGGCAUGAAGAAGAACCUGCAGGACAGAUGUCGGGAGGUGGAGCAGGACGUGGUCACUCUGAAGGCUCAGCUGGUGGAGAAGCAGGCUGUUCAGUCGGAGAACGACCGGCUCAAGCUGCAGGUGGACAGCAUGCAGGCUCAGGGCCAGAUGGAGCAGAGGAAGGCUGGGGAGGAGAGGAACAACCUGGCCCAGCUGAAGGAUGCCUACACCAAGCUGUUUGAAGACUACAAUGAACUCAAAGAGGAGAAGAAGAAGAGAGAGUCUCAGCUGGUGCAGAAGGAGGUGGUGGACCAGCUGCAGGAGCGGCUGACUGCCGCUGAAGAGGCCCUGGCUGCUAAACAGAACCACAUCGAUCACAUGAAGCAGGAGAUCUACAAGAAGGAGGAGGAGCUGCAGACCAUAUCUGUGUUCCAGGCUCAGGCAGAGGUCUACUCCUCAGACUUCUACGCAGAGCGAGCAGCGAGGGAGAAACUCCACGAAGAGAGGGAGCGUCUGGCUGCUCAGCUGGAGUAUGUAAAGAAGCAGAACACCCACCUGCAGGAGGAGAUGGAAUCACUGGGCAGGCGGUCGCUGAACGAGAUGCAGAGGAGACAUGUGUCACAGGGAGGAAAUGCACACGGAGCUGGUGCUAGUCUGAUUGGAAGAGGUACUGACUGGCAGCAUCAGGGGAACAUUCCCGAACACGCCUGUCCCAAGUGCAACGAGAUCCUGCCGGACCUGGACUCCCUGCAGAUCCACAUCAUGGACUGCAUCAACUAGACCUCCAUCAUGACAAGCAACCACGACAACAGCAGCUACGUUAGCACCUUAAUCUGAGUCUUCCUCCGCUUUUAUCUUUACCUGAGACAACUCAUCAUUGUUCCACGAUAAACUCAGUUACAUUCAUUCUCAGAUGGCAACAUUUUGCUUUUUCUAAGGAUUUAAAUGGAGAGAUUUUAAAGCUGUAUUGAGGGUUCUUUUGAAAAUAAUUGGUCCUCUGUAGUUUGUUUUAUUUGAGAAUUGCUUAUAAAUAUUUGGAAUACAACAUAAGAUUUUGGGAAAAGAAUUGUAAACUGAAGAUGAACUUCUUCAAGGGAAAACUUGUCUGGAAUAUUAAAAGAGAAAGUUAACGCAACCCCUGAUGAGAUUUUAGUGUAGUGCUGUCUGCCUGUCAUGUGCACAUUACGUAAGUGCAGCCUUCACAAGUUGCAUUCGUUUACCAAGUACUUGGUUGCUGAAGGCUAUUUUAUUUUUAAUUUUUUUGGUUUCCUCGAGAAAUUCUUUUUAUAUUUCUUGCUUGAAAAGUAUAUUUUGGCUAAUGGGUUGUUGGUGUUGGGGGGGUGAAAGGAGCAUGCACCAUGUAGGCACUUUAAUAUGAAGAUAAAUAUUUUAUUUUCACUGUAAUGCAGUUGAUACCUGGUAAUUAGAAUGUAAAAUAUUUAACUUGUUAAUCAACCUAUCACUGUAUACCUGUAUGCCUUUGUAAUUCCAUGUGCAGGAGGCUCCAACACCCUGCUAAUUCUGUAGUCUGUAGAUUAUAAAGGACUUCUGAUUUCAUGUUGUAAUUCUGUGAAUGAAAAUAAAAUUAUUGCAAAUUUC